GUGUCAACAACAUGGAGUUGUUGGCACCCUCCAACUCCUCUACCGCCGCGGCGGUCACCUUCAUUACAUUCGUCCAAGACCUCAAACGCAAGACGAAGACAUGGGGGCCCAUGAUCGAAGUCUGUGCGAGCGGUGAGAAGACGCUCGAGCGAUUCCGAUAUCAAUUCCCGGACGACUGGCUGUACAGUGACCAACUGCGUGGGGAGUGGAGUGCCUUCAAUGAGAUACUCAAGAGAAAGAACGACUCUAUCCAGGAGCAAUUAGCCGGCCUCCAACUCAAGAUUGUCGCGGAGGACAAGAUCGUAGAGAACAAGAUUAACGACAUCAUCGCCGAAUGGGAGCAGACUCGACCCGUGCAAGGCAGCAUGCGCGCCGACACUGCGCUGAAUACCAUCAACAUCUUCGAGGGCAAGCUCACGCGCGUACAAGAUGACUACGAGCUCGUAUGCAAGGCGAAGGAGGCCCUCGACCUGGAGCUCAUUCGUCACACACGAUUAGAGCCCGUGUUUGAGGAGUUGCGUGACCUGAAGGCCGUUUGGACCGCGCUGUCGGGAGUGUGGAACCAAAUCGGAGAGCUGAGGGAGAUGGCGUGGGCGACGGUACAGCCGAGGAAGCUGAGGCAGCAAUUGGACGGGCUGCUCUCGUCGACGAAGGAGAUGCCGACGCGCAUGCGACAGUAUGCUGCGUUUGAGUACGUGCAGGACGUGCUGAGGGGUCUACUCAAGGCCAACACGCUCAUUGGCGAACUCAAGUCGGAGGCACUGAAGGAUAGGCAUUGGAAGCAGUUGUUCAAGGUGUUGAGGGUGCCGUCGCAAAUCAGCUUGCCGCUGAUGACCUUGGGUCACGUCUACGAUAUGGAUCUACGGAAGAACGAGAACCUGAUCAAGGAGGUUAUCAUUCAGGCACAGGGAGAGAUGGCCCUCGAGGAGUACAUCAGGCAAGUCAAGGAGACAUGGACCAACUAUACCCUCGACCUGGUCAACUACCAGAACAAGUGCCGUUUGAUCAGAGGAUGGGACGACUUGUUCAACAAGUGCAGCGAGAACUUGAACUCGCUGACGGCGAUGAAGCUGUCACCUUACUACAAGGUAUUCGAGGAAGAGGCUGGGUCCUGGGAGGAGAAAUUGAACCGUAUACAUGUACUCUUCGAUGUAUGGAUCGACGUUCAGCGACAAUGGGUGUACCUCGAAGGUAUCUUCUCUGGAAGUGCCGACAUCAAGCACCUUCUCCCUGUCGAAUCCGGCCGGUUCCAGAACAUCAAUACCGAGUUUUUGGCCGUUAUGAAGAAGGUCUAUAAGUCGCCGUUCGUCAUCGACGUCAUGAAUAUUCAGGGCAUCCAAAAGUCCCUCGAGCGUCUUGCAGAGAUGCUAAACAAGAUCCAGAAGGCUCUCGGAGAGUACUUGGAGCGGGAGCGUGCUUCCUUCCCGCGGUUCUACUUCGUUGGUGACGAAGACUUGCUUGAGAUCAUCGGUAACAGCAAGGAGAUUCUCCGUAUCAUGAAGCAUCUCAAAAAGAUGUUCGCUGGUAUCUCGACCAUCAUGCUGGACGACGACUUGACGCAGAUCCAGGGUAUGGCCUCUAGAGAAGGCGAAGAAGUCCAGUUCAAGACCCCCAUCUUGCUCAAGGACUAUCCGAAGAUUAACGACUGGCUCAGCAAGCUAGAAGCAGAGAUGCGGGUAUCGCUUGCCGAGCUUCUAUGCGACGCCGUUGGGGAACUCCAAUCUUUCUACGGCAGCGUCACGCCCCUCCCUAAGGAUCAGUUCAUGGCGUGGCUCGAGAAGUAUCCCGCUCAGCUGGUCACGCUCGCUGUUCAAGUUGCUUGGACCGCCUCUAUCGAGAGUACUCUGGAGAGCUCGCAGUCCUUGGAGGGUCCUCUCGAUACGGUCCGCCAGGGUCUCGACCUUCUCGCCGACGUCGUGUUGACGGAGCUCACUCCUGUGACGCGUCGCAAGUGCGAGCACCUCAUCACUGAGCUCGUCCACCAGCGUGAUGUUACGCGCCAGUUGAUUCAGCAGAACGUGUCCGACAACCGUGCCUUCACCUGGUUGUACCAGAUGCGCUUCUACCUCAACAGGAGCAUUGAGAACCCCCUCGAGAGGCUCGCCAUCCGAGUCGCGGAUGCUUCCUUCCCUUACGGAUGGGAGUACCUCGGUGUUCCCGAUCGCCUAGUGCAGACGCCGCUCACGGACAGGUGCUACCUCACCCUCACACAAGCCUUGGACAACCAGCUCGGUGGUGCUCCCUUUGGUCCCGCUGGAACUGGUAAGACCGAGUCCGUCAAGGCUCUCGGCGUCCAACUUGGUCGGUUCGUCCUUGUCUUCUGUUGCGACGAGACUUUCGACUUUCAGGCUAUGGGUCGUAUCUUCGUUGGUCUUUGUCAAGUAGGAGCGUGGGGGUGCUUCGACGAGUUCAACCGUCUGGAGGAGCGUAUCUUGUCGGCCGUCUCGCAGCAAGUUCAGAGCAUCCAGCAGGGCCUCGCGACGCUUGUAAAGAAUCCGAAUACAGAGAUCGAGCUCGUCGGCAAGAACGUCAAGCUUAACAAGAACAUGGGUAUCUUCAUCACGACCAACCCCAACUACGCCGGCCGUUCGCAACUCCCGCCCAAUUUGACGAAGCUUUUCCGUCCCAUGGCUAUGACGAGGCCCGACCGGGAGCUCAUCGCUCAGGUCAUGCUGUUCUCGCAAGGUUUCCGUACCGCAGAGUCGCUUGCCUCGAAGAUCGUUCCCUUCUUCAACCUGUGCGACGAGCAACUGUCUCCUCAGCCUCACUACGACUUCGGUCUACGUGCUCUUAAGGCUGUUUUGGCGUCUGCUGGUAUCCUGAAGCGAGAGCGCCUGCUUGCAGCUACGCACGAGGGUGCCGACGCUGCUGGCCUCUCGGACGCUGCUUCUGAGCAGGUUAUCUUGAUCCAGAGUGUCACCGAGACCAUCGUGCCUAAGCUCGUCGCAGAUGAUGUCCCGUUGUUGACGAGUCUUUUGGCCGAUGUCUUCCCUGGCGUCGACUACGUUCCUGUCGACCUGGACGCGCUCCGCCAGAAGAUUGGCGAGGUCUGUUCCGAGCGACGCCUCGUUGAGGGCGAACGCUGGAUCAACAAGAUCCUGCAGCUCUACCAGAUCCAGAAGAUCCAGCAUGGUCUCAUGAUGGUUGGUCCUUCUGGUAGCGGCAAGACGAAUGCCUGGCAGGUUCUCCUCGCCGCUCUGGAGCGCCUCGACGGUAUCGAAGGUGUAUCGUACGUGAUCGAUCCCAAGGCGAUGCACAAGGACGCGUUGUACGGGACGCUCGACCCGACGACUCGCGAGUGGAACGACGGUCUCUUCACGCAUACGCUGCGUAAGAUUGUUGAUGACGUUCGCGGCGAGAGUGGCAAGAGGCACUGGAUCAUCUUUGACGGCGAUGUCGAUCCUGAGUGGGUCGAGAACCUGAACAGUGUUCUCGACGACAACAAGCUCUUGACAUUGCCGAACGGUGAACGUCUUAAUCUACCGCCCAACGUGCGCAUCAUGUUCGAAGUUGAGCACCUCAAGUACGCGACGCUUGCUACCGUCAGUCGCUGCGGUAUGAUUUGGUUCAGCGAGGACGUCGUGGAGCCUGCCAUGGUCUUCCGUUACUACCUCGAGACGCUAUCCACGGUGCCCCUGGACGCUGAAGACGACGAAGCGGUCGACCUCCCUGGUCGUCGCACCGAUCCGAACGAGAGCGCAGCAUCUCCCCACUUGGCUACCCAGAAGCAGAUCGCCACCAUCCUUGAACCCUUCUUUGGCGAAGGCGAGCUCAUCAUGUCUGCCCUCCAAUACGCAGAGACCAUCGAGCACAUCAUGGACUUCACCGUCACCCGUGCUCUUAAUACGCUGUUCUCGCUCAUCAACAAGACCGCGCGGAACGUCAUCGAGUACAACAUACAGCACUCUGAUUUCCCUCUCAGCCACGAGCGCGUCGAGCAGUAUGUAACCAAGCGUCUUCUCGUUAACAUCAUCUGGGCGUUCUCCGGAGAUGCACGCCUCGAGCUCCGCGCCGAGCUCGGUGACUUUUUGCGUAAGCACACUGGUGUCGACCUUCCACCUCUCAUUCCGGGUGGCUCCCUUCUAGACUUCGACGUACAAGUCGCCAACGGAGAGUGGAGCGGAUGGCAAUCUCGCGUUCCGGUCAUCGAGAUUGAAUCUCACGCAGUAACUGCUUCGGAUGUCGUCGUACCCACUGUCGAUACGGUCCGCCACGAGGAGGUUCUCUACUCGUGGCUGUCCGAGCACAAGCCCUUGAUGCUCUGUGGUCCUCCUGGUUCCGGAAAGACCAUGACGCUCUUCAGCGCUCUACGCAAACUUCCGGAUAUGGAGGUCGUUGGUCUGAACUUUUCGAGCGCAACUGUCCCCGAACUCAUUCUUAAGACCUUCGAGCAGUAUUGCGAAUACCGCAAGACGCCGAACGGUGUCAUCCUCGCCCCUACCCAGAUCGGACGCUGGCUCGUGGUGUUCUGCGACGAAAUCAACCUGCCAGCUACCGAUAAGUACGGGACGCAGCGCGUGAUAUCCUUCAUCCGUCAGUUGGUAGAAUGCGGUGGUUACUGGAGGACGAGCGACAUGGCCUGGGUCAAACUCGAGCGCAUUCAGUUCGUCGGCGCCUGUAACCCUCCCACUGACCCUGGUCGUGUGCCGCUUAGCCACCGUUUCCUGCGUCAUGCCCCUCUGGUCAUGGUCGAUUACCCUGGAGAGCUCUCGCUCAAGCAGAUCUACGGGACGUACAAUCGCGCGCUGCUCAAAGUUGUUCCAAAUCUCCGCGCGUAUGCCGAGCCCCUCACGGACGCCAUGGUCACUCUCUACCUCGCUUCUCAGAAGCGUUUCACCACCGAUAUCCAGGCGCACUACGUCUACUCCCCCCGUGAGCUUACCCGAUGGGUGCGUGGUAUCUACGAGGCUAUACGGCCCCUGGAAAUCCUGUCUGUUGAAGGCUUGGUUCGUGUGUGGGCACACGAGGCUUUGCGUCUCUUCCAAGAUCGUCUUGUUACAGAGGAAGAGAAGCGGUGGACCGACGAGGCCAUCGACAAUGCAGCUAUGGAGCACUUCCCGACGAUCAACCGUGACGAGGCCCUUUCCCGUCCCAUCCUAUUCUCCAACUGGACAUCGAAGAACUACAUCCCGGUCGAUCGCGAGGUUCUCCGCGAAUACACGAAGGCUCGUCUACGCGUCUUCUACGAGGAAGAACUGGAUGUGCCGCUCGUCCUCUUCAACGACGUCUUGGAUCACGUCCUGCGUAUCGAUCGUGUCUUCCGUCAAGUCCAAGGCCAUCUACUCCUCAUCGGUGUUUCUGGCAGUGGAAAGACAACUCUGUCACGUUUCGUUGCUUGGAUGAACGGUCUCAGCAUAUUUCAAAUCAAGGUCUCCAACAAGUACACCGGUGAAGAUUUUGAUGAGGACCUCAGGACGGUCCUCCGCCGCGCUGGCUGUAAGGGCGAGAAGAUCUGUUUCAUAAUGGACGAGUCCAAUGUCCUCGACUCUGGUUUCCUUGAACGGAUGAACACCCUCCUCGCCAACGCCGAGGUGCCAGGUCUAUUCGAGGGAGACGAGCACGCCGCACUCAUGACUGCCUGCAAGGAAGGUUCGCAGCGCGACGGUCUCAUGCUCGAUUCUCACGAAGAGCUCUACCGCUGGUUCACGCAGCAGGUUGCGAAGAACCUUCACGUCGUCUUCACGAUGAACCCUCCCGAGAACGGUUUGGCGUCUCGCGCCGCCACUUCUCCUGCCUUGUUCAACCGUUGCGUACUCGACUGGUUCGGUGACUGGUCCGAUCAGGCCUUCUUCCAGGUUGGCCUGGAAUUCACGAACACACUCGACUUAGACCUGCAGACAUACAAUCCCCCUUCGAUGUUCCCCAUUGCCUACCGCGACUUGUCUAUGCCGCCCACUCACCGCUCUGCUGUCGUCAACGCCUUGGUUCAUGUUCAUGAGUCGAUGCACCACAUCAAUCAGCGACUCAGUCGCCGCCAAGGACGUUACAACUAUGUCACUCCGCGGCAUUACCUCGACUUCAUCAACCAUUACGUGCGGCUGCACAACGAGAAGCGCGAGGAACUCGAGGAACAACAGCGUCAUUUGCACGUUGGUCUUGACAAACUUCGGGAAACCGUCGAGCAGGUCGAAGAGCUCCGAAAGAGUUUGGCUAUCAAGCGGACACAAUUGGAAGCGAAGAACUCGGAGGCCAACAACAAGCUCAAACAGAUGGUCGCAGACCAACAGGAAGCAGAACAGAAGAAAGCAGCGUCCAUCGAGAUUCAGGCAGCCCUCAAGGAGCAGGACAAGAACAUCAAACAGCGACGGGAAGUUGUCAUGGCCGAUCUCGCCGACGCCGAACCCGCUGUCCUCGACGCCCAGUCCGCUGUCAGCAACAUCAAGCGUCAGCAUCUGCAGGAAGUCCGUACAAUGGCUAACCCACCGGAAGCCGUCAAGCUUGCGAUGGAGUCUGUCUGUACCAUCCUGGGUCACAAGAUUGACAGUUGGCGUACGGUUCAGGGAAUCAUCCGUCGCGACGACUUCAUCCAGCGUAUCGUCAACUUCGACACUGCGAACCAGAUGACGAAGCAACUUCGGGACCUCAUGAAGAGGGAUUUCCUCAGUCGACCAUCCUACAACUUCGAGACUGUGCAGCGUGCUAGUAAGGCUUGUGGCCCUCUUGUCAAAUGGGCGAUUGCACAGGUCCGUUUCUCGGAGAUCCUCGACAAGGUGGAGCCUCUUCGCAACGAAGUGCAGUCUCUCGAGGAUCAGGCAGAAGCAACCAAGCAGCAGGCAGCGAUGAUGGUGACGAUGAUUGCCGAGCUUGAAAAGAGUAUCGAGCGGUACAAGGAGGAGUAUGCUGGUCUCAUCCGCGAGACCGAGGCGAUCAAGACUGAAAUGGAACGCGUGGAGAGUAAGGUGGAUCGCAGUAUGAGAUUGCUGGAGAGUCUGUCUUCCGAGAAGGUCCGUUGGGAGGAUGGCAGUCGCACCUUCGAUACCGAGAUGGGCACCAUUGUCGGCGACGUCUUAUUGUCCGCCGCCUUCCUCGCCUACGCUGGCUUCUUCGACCAACAAUACCGCGAGCAAAUGUGGCAGGAAUGGUCUUCUCAUCUCGCCGAGGCCGGGAUCAAAUUCAAGGCGGAGCUCUCCCUCCCCGAGUACCUGUCCACCGCAGACGAUCGUCUCAGCUGGCAGUCGAAGUCCCUUCCCUCCGACAAUCUAUGCACGGAGAACGCUAUCAUGAUCAAGCGUUACAGCCGUUACCCCCUCAUCAUCGAUCCUACUGGCCAGGCGACCACCUUCUUGCUGAACGAGUACAGGGAUCGAAAGAUAACUGUCACAAGUUUCCUGGACGAGGCUUUCCUCAAAGUACUCGAGAGCGCCCUUCGUUUCGGCAACACCCUUCUCAUUCAGGAUGUCGAGCAUCUGGACCCUAUUCUCAAUCCAGUUCUCAACAGGGAGAUCCGGCGUACUGGUGGUCGUGUCCUCAUCCGCCUUGGUAAUCAGGACAUCGACUUCUCCCCUUCGUUCACCAUGUUCCUCUCCACUCGUGACCCGUCUGUCGAAUUCUCUCCGGACAUAUGCAGUCGUGUCACCUUCGUCAACUUCACAAUGACGAGAAGCAGUUUGCAGAGCCAGUCGUUGGAUCAAGUGCUCAAGGUCGAGCGCCCGGACACCGAGCGGAAACGGACGGACCUCAUGAAGAUGCAGGGAGAAUUCCGACUUCGGCUCCGUACUCUGGAGAAGCUGCUGCUUCAGGCGCUCAACGAAUCGUCAGGCAACAUCUUGGACGACGACAAGGUCAUCAACACCUUGGAGACGCUCAAACGAGAGGCUGCCGAGAUCACUCGCAAAGUCGAGGAGACCGACGUUGUCAUGAAGGAAGUCGAAGAAGUCACUGCCGAGUACCUUCCUCUCGCACAGGCUUGUAGUGCCGUAUUCUUCAUCCUCGAGCAACUGAACCUCGUCAACCACUUCUAUCAGUUCUCCCUGCGCUUCUUCCUCGACAUCUUCGACUACAUUCUCCACCAUAACCCGAACCUACAAGGCGUCGCUGACUAUGCCAAGCGCAGGGACAUCCUGAUGAACGACCUUUUCGUCAUCGUCUACAAGAGGACAUCCCGAGCCUUGCUCCAUCGUGACCACGUUAUGCUUGCUAUGCUUCUUGCACAAGUGAAGCUUCGCGGCGUCGAAGAAAUCAAUGACGAGCUUGAGUUCUUCUUGGAGAGCGGCGAUGGUGUGGUCGCUGGCGCGGGUGCCAUCCAAACCACCAUCCUUACACCCGAUCAGGCACAACGUGUCGUCACAUUCGCUAAGCAGCCGAUGUUCAAGCCUGUCCUCACACAUCUCACGGAACACGAAGAUGAAUGGAUUCCUUUCCUAGAGUCGGCUAGCCCCGAGCAGUCCGUGCCUUCGCCUUGGGACCCCAGCACCCCCGCGGUUGAGGCGAUCCGGAACAUGAUCAUCAUCAAAUGCUUGCGACCAGAUCGCCUUCUGCAAUCUACGGCUACUUUUGUCAGGACGGUAUUCCAGAUCGAUAUUGCCUCGGAGUCUGCCUAUGACCUUGGGAAGAUUGUGACGGACGAGAUCCAGCCGGCCACUCCUCUGGCCCUCGUUUCCGUCCCCGGCUACGACGCCAGUUACCGUGUCGAGAACUUGGUUCAGAAUUCCGGCUCUCGCUGCUCGUCAGUCGCCAUGGGCUCGCAGGAAGGUUUCACACUCGCGGACCAGGCGGUAGCGUUGGCCGCGCGCCAAGGCUCUUGGGUGCUGCUUAAGAAUGUCCACCUCGCACCAUCUUGGCUUGGUCAGCUGGAGAAGAAGCUGCAGACUCUCAAUCCACACAGAAACUUCCGCCUGUUCCUUACCAUGGAGGCGAAUCCGAGCAUCCCUGUCAACAUCCUUCGUCAAUCGCGCAUUCUCAUGAACGAGCCACCUCCGGGUAUCAAGGCCAACCUCUCGGACUCUUUGCGUAACAUCUCUUCGGGCCGCUUGACGCAAGGUCCCGCAGAGAAAGUCCGUUUAUAUUUCCUCCUUGCGUGGUUCCACGCCGUUGUGCAGGAGCGUCUGCGCUACGUGCCCCUCGGAUGGAGCAAGACAUAUGACUUCAACGACUCCGACAUGGCAGCUGCGUUUACUACGAUCGAUACCUGGCUCAACAGCGUCGCUAAGGGCCGUGCGAAUGUCGAUCCUGCAGCCAUUCCUUGGGAUGCGAUCCGCACGCUCGUCAAGCAAUCCGUCUAUGGUGGUAGGGUUGACAGUGAUUUCGAUCAGAGGAUUGUGGAUGCCUUCGUAGACGGACUUUUUACUCCACAUGCCUACAACGUCGACUUCGACCUAGUUCCAAGCGUCACCGGCUCGCAGGUGCUCACAGUCCCCGAUGGCACUAAGCUUGAGCAUUUCAUGUCUUGGGUGCAAGGGCUGCCUGAUCGGGAGCCCCCUUCGUGGCUCAGCCUUCCCCCCACUGCCGAGCGCGUCAUUGCCAUUGCUCAAGGAAACGAACUUCUUGGCAAGCUGCGUAAGAUGCGUAUGCUGGCUGACGAUGAUGACGAAGCGACUCCUGCUGCUGGACCAUCGAGUCAGGGCCAAACUUCGCAGCAACCAGCAUGGAUGCGGAACUUGCACGAACGUUGUCGUGAAUGGCUCCAGCAACUCCCAGCGAACUUCCAGACGCUUCAGAAGCAAAGCGCGGAGCAUUCAGACCCGUUGUACCGUCUGUUCUUCCGUGAGGGCAGCAUCGGAAGCAGGCUCCUCUCGCAGGUUCGCAAGGACUUAGCGGACGUCGUCAAGGUCUGCGAAGGCGAUCUCAAGCAGACGAACCACUUGCGCACUCUCAUGAGCUCGCUCACUAAAGGCACGAUUCCAACGCACUGGCGCCGCUACAAAGUGCACAAGGCGAUGGGCGUGUCCGAGUGGAUCUCCAACUUCGCGCGCCGUCUUGCCCAGCUGGACCAGAUCGCUCAGCUGGACAAUCUCACCAACAUCGAAGUCUGGCUCGGUGGUUUGUUCUUCCCAGAGGCAUACAUCACUGCCACCCGCCAGGCAGUCGCGCACCGCAAGAAGUGGAGUCUGGAGACCUUGCGGCUUGAACUCGACAUCGAGAAGGUGAACGACCCUGGCGCAUUCAUCGUCGACGGUCUCGUACUAGAGGGCGCAGCCUGGGCCACCGACAAACUCGUUCUGAAUGAUGGGGAGACUGUCAGGCUUGGCCCGUCGCAGGUCCGAUGGGUGCAGUCCGAGGAGACGGCGCCGAACAGGGUCAAUUUGCCGGUCUACCUCAAUGGCGACCGCAGCGACGUGAUGUUCACUGUCGACUUGCCAUUCGACGCCGCCGCCAGUGCCUUGGUGGCGACUCGCGCCGUUUGCUUGACUGCUGGUGGUUAAGCGGGGCGCGCAUAGAUGGGGUGGAUAUUGGCUAGACCCGGAUCUCUUACACUUCCAUAUACAUACGCAUACCCAUCGUAACAUACAUACCUUCUUUCACUCUCAUGUCUUCGUAAUGCCUAAUGAACG